AAAGCCAACACUGCGUCUCUUAUAAACCCUAAGGCAGUGACCUCACAACUUCAGAAAGAAAUGAACCAAUUUCCAGGCUUUCAUCUUCUUCCUCCAUUUCUGGUUGCUGGGUUUUCCUCCAUUUCUUCGUUUUCGUAUCUCUCCGAUUAAUCCCACCGCGAAACGCCCUAAAACCCCGAUGAAGCUCCGGUUUGGUGAGCUGACAUUUCUGGGUUUUUCUCCAUAUCCAUUAGGACCCACGAUCCGAAUCCCAAACCCCAUACGACUUCCGGGCGACCCGCGAGAAAAUCCGGUCAAUCAACCCGAACCCAGAACAGGAUUUUCAUUGAAAACAUCUAUGAGAGCAGUGCUGAGCCUAGGGAUGGGCCGGCGGUGCAGAUGACCGUCCUGUUCUUCAAAGCCCGUCCGACCUUCUGGGUUCGAGCCUCCAAGAUCGCCUUUUCCCAUUUUCACAACCUCGCCCACUGUGGAGCUCGGCCGCGCCCGCUUCACGACUUUGAGGUAACGUCAAACCCAGAGGCUUGGUUUGUGAAAGUUGUUUGCACUCUGUUUCUUCGCUCGCAUUCACUGGAUUUGGUUUAUCUUAGUAAGAACCUUUCACCUUCGACUGCUUUCGAGGUUAUUAAAAGGUUGAACAAUCCGAUAUUGGGGUUGAAAUUCUUUGAGCUCAGUAGGGUUAGUUUGAGUGUUAAUCAUAGUGUAUGGACUUACAAUUUUCUUUUGAGGUCUCUGUGUCAAAUGGGGCUUCAAGAUUCUGCUAAAUUGGUGUUUGAUUACAUGAGGAGUGACGGGCAUACACCCGAUGAUUCGGCUGUGGAACUCUUGGUGUCGUCGUAUGCUCAGAUGGGCAAGUUGGAUAAUGCUGAGAAGUUUCUUGAUGAGGUUCAUUGUGAUGAGAUUAGAUUGACGCCUUUCGUAUACAAUAACUUGUUCAAUGUGUUGGUUAAACAGAAUAAAGCGGAUGAGGCUGUUUACUUGUUUAGAAAGCAUAUGUGGUCACAUUGUCGCCCGGAUAGCUGGACUUUCAAUAUUCUAAUUCGAGGUCUAUGCAGAGUUGGGGAAGUUGAUAAGGCAUUUGAGUUGUUCAGUGAUAUGGGGAGUUUUGGUUGCUACCCCGAUAUGGUUACGUAUAAUACACUAAUUACUGGACUUUGUAGGACUAACGAGGUAGAUAGGGGAUGUCAAUUACUCAAAGAGGUUCAAUCAAGAAUCGAACUUUCACCCGAUGUUAUAACUUUCACGUCAGUCAUAUCAGGAUAUUGCAAGUUGGGUAAGAUGGAGGAGGCCUCAGUUCUUUUUGAUGAGAUGAUUAAUGCCGGAGUUAGACCAACUUCUGUUACUUUCAAUGCAAUGAUUGAUGGAUUUGGUAAGACUGGCAACAUGGGUUCUGCACUUGCUAUGCAUCAGAAAAUGCUCUUUCAUGGUUAUCGAUCAGAUGUUUUUACCUUCACUUCCCUAAUUGAUGGCCAUUGUCGAGCUGGGCAACUGAGUCAGGGAUUAAAGCUUUGGCAGGAGAUGAAUGGGAAAAAUGUGUCUCCAAGUGCGUAUACUUUCUCUGUCCUUAUUAAUGCUUUGUGCAAGGAGAGUAGACUACAUGAAGCACGUGAUUUUCUGAGGCAAUUAAAGUGGAGUAAUGUGGUUCCGAAACCUUUUAUAUACAACCCUGUGAUAGAUGGAUUCUGUAAGGCUGGCAAUGUUGAUGAGGCAAACGCCAUUGUGGCCGAGAUGGAAGAGAAGAGAUGCAGCCCUGAUAAAGUGACGUUUACCAUUCUCAUACUCGGGAAUUGUAUGAAAGGGAGAAUGUCUGAGGCAAUUAGCAAUUUUAAAAAGAUGUUGGCAAUUGGUUGUGCCCCGGACAACAUCACGGUAAAUGCUUUGACAUCUUGCCUCAUGAAGGCUGGGAUGCCUAAUGAAGCCCAUCACAUUAAGCAAAUUGCAUACAAGGACCUCAAUUCGGGCAUGUCACCUUCAGGAAGAACUGAUCAUAUGAAAGCAAAUGCACAAAUUCCAGUGGCUGUUUGAUUGAAGCUCUAUCACAAAACUGGAGUUGGAGUACAGCUUCCAGUGGUUGGAGGAGGUCCUUCCGCACGCAACAGUGCAUCAGGCACCAAAUGGAGCAUGCUCAGUUUGUGACACAAAUGGGUCGAAAACCAGCUGGCCUUGCACUCUCGACAUGGUUAUACUUGUUCGUGUUCCGGCGUUUCAGCCACUAAGCAUCUAGUAACAUGGCAAGGGAAAGGGAGUUGGGAGCGAGCAAUUGCAGAACUUCAUAAACUCAGCAAAUCGCUUCGAAUCAAAUAGAUUUUGUGCAUACUUGUUCAUGUUAGAUUUGCUCGUAAUCUUUAUACGUUGCUGGCUUACCAUGAUUUGUCAAAGUUAUAAAAAUCAUUGCCACAAUGUUUGCUUUACUGCGUUACAGAGAAAUUGCUGUGUAUGAAUUCCAUUCCAUUUCAUUGAUGAUAAUAUUUUUACAGAAACAUAUACGGUUAGUUGGCCAAA